AUGAUCCAAGUUUUUGGCUCCAUUUGCAUUUUCACAGUCGCCCUUGCCCUUGCGGCUGCCGCUGACAACCCAUUGUUUGUCUACAACUUUAAAGCUUCGGAUGCUGCUGGUAUCGACGGCACUAUCAAAGUGAACUACGCUGCCAAAGACUCGACCGUUGCCACCAUUACGGCCGAACUUGACUUCUCGGCCGUCGACCAGAAGAAGAUUGCUACCUUUGACGGUAAUUGUACAGGCGACGUUACAAGCUACAAAUGGCACAUCCAUACUGGAUGGAACUCCGCAAAGUCUUCGGACUCGUUGAAACUAUGCUCUAAGGCGGCAACUGGUAACCACUAUGACCCUCUAAAGGCUUGUGGUCCUGCAUCGGAAUACGUCGCUGAGCCCGAAUGCAAGGCCAAAUCGUUGACCUACGCGUGCAAUCCAGCCGCCUACAUGGCCGACCCAAUGGUGUGUGAAAAGGGAGACUUGUCCGGCAAAUUCGGUGCCUUGACACCCGGAUCAAACCACAAGGUAUCGGAGAAGUGGACGGACUCGCACUAUCCGCUGGCAUCCGAGAGCACAAAGACGUGGAGUAUUGUGCUUCAUGCUGUGUGCGGCAAAGAGACGCCACGAGUUUCGUGUGCACUUGGGAACGAACAAAAGGAACAUGCAAAGGAAGACGGGCACAAAAAGAAGUGCCGUUAA